AGCCAUGUUUACAGUUGCUGUGCUUUGUUUUGACAUGUGGGAUGUUUUUUCGAUUGGAGAACAUUGGCCCGUGACAGUGAAGUGUGAACAACCUGAACAAGUGAAGUGAUCAUGUCCAGGCAAGGAACUCGGUUGGAUGCCAAAAAAGUGAAUUCGGAGCUGUUUACCCUCACAUAUGGAGCACUGGUAUCUCAGUUGAUGAAAGAUUAUGAAAAUGUUGAGGAUGUUAACAAACAGUUGGAGAGAAUGGGUUACAAUAUUGGUGUACGGUUAAUAGAAGACUUCCUUGCUCGAACUGCAUCUGGAAGGUGUUAUGAUUUCCGUGACACAGCAGAAAAAAUCCAGAUGGGCUUCAGGCUGUUUCUGGGUGUAACCCCUGUAAUUACAAACUGGAGUCCAGCCGGAGAUGAGUUUUCUUUGCAAUUUGAAAGUAAUCCAUUAACAGAAUUUGUGGAGCUACCAGAUCAUUGCCUGACACUGAAAUACGCAAACAUUCUCACUGGUGUCAUCAGAGGAGCUUGUGAAAUGGUGCAAAUGGAAGUUACUUCUUGGUUUGUACAAGAUCAGCUGAAGGGUGACAAUGUAACUGAACUGCGCAUUAAAUUUGUGAAGAGACUAGAAGAUGCCAUACCAGCAGGAGAAGACUGAAUGAAACUCUUGAGUUUUUUGAGAAAUUACAGUAGGCAUCAGAAAACCUCAUGAUAUUCAACAUUCCAUUGUCCUGCAGGAAGGAGUGGAAGUGCUGGUUUUUUUGUCAUUGUUUGGAUCAAAACUGUAAUGCCAAAAACGAGGCGAGAGAACCACAUAUGUGUGGUAUAAGAAGCCCGUGUGCUAUUAUGUUUGUAUUGUGUGGAAAGCAAACCUGAUGUAAUCGUGUUAUAUUGGAACAUCUAUCCUUCUUUGUUUGUCUGAGACAACCGUCAGCAUUAUUUCUUUUUGUCCUUGAAGCGCUGUAUUCUGUAUGACAGUAUUUAUGGAGUUUAGAGUCAUUUUUGGGAGAUGCAAGAAGUAUGUUACUUUGUUAGAUAUUGAAUUCAAAUAUAUGUGCUUUCACCUUACUUUAAAGGCAAGUACUGCAGGACUUCUUAUUAAGUAGUUAAUGAUUUGUAUGUUUCCACAAUAUUUUAGUUACAUAGAUUUUGUAUGGUGCAGUAACAAAUGUUGUUUAUAACUAAGUAUUGAAAGAACUUCCAGGAAUUUACGAAAUUAAUUGAGGUCAUUAGGCUUUCUCAACUUAUUUUACGUUCUCCCUCCCUUCUCUCUCUCUCUCUCUCUCUCUCUCUCUCUCUCUCUAUCUAUCUAUCUAUCUAUCUAUCUCAUAUGUACAUAAAAUUAUAAAAAUCCCUCCCUCCAUGUUCUCCUUCUUUCCUCCACAUAUUAUUUUCACCACCAAAAUUAAACAAGGAGCUUGCUAAAUAAAUAUUUUUGCAAGCACUGUUGAUGUAUAACAAGAAAAAGGGAGUGGAAUGGUGCAAAUUCAUCAAAAAUUUAAAUAGUCUUUAUUUGAGCAGUAGCUACUCAGAGUUUCCAGAGGAUUUCGUGCUUUUUUUGUAUAGGGAGGAAGGUGGAAAAUUUCUGAAAUAAAUUGUUGGCUUCAUUUUGCAUGUUAUAUUCUCCUGAAACCUGGCAAUUCUUCCUUUGAUAGAUGGUGGAUGCAUCCAACACAAUGUUUUAUUUGUUAUUUUAUGUUGUAUGAUUUUGUUCAAUAUAUUUUAAAAUUUAAAUGGAGUUUUAUAUGAUGAUGUACCACAAUUAUCUUUCUUUCCACAGAUUGUGAAAAUAUUUGAAAUAUUUUUCUGUCAUUAUAUCAGUGAUUUUUGUUGUAUAUAUAUAUAUAUAUAUAUAUAUAUAUAUAUAUAAUGGAAGGAAACAUUCCACGUGGGAAAAAUUAUAUAUAAAAACAAAGAUGGUCUAUCGACCUGCCAUCUUUGUUUUUAUUUAUAUAUAUAUAUAUAUAUAUAUAUAUAUAUAUAUAUAUAUAUAUAUAUAGUCAGUCAGCUUUGUGUGUAGUAUGUGUAAACAUAAAAGGCUCUCAGUAAUUCCUCAACUUUGACUCUUGCAGGUCCACUUGGUUAUAAACAGCUUAAUAUGCGACUUGCUGCUUAACUGAUUGAGAACUUUGGCCUGAGGCAUAAUUCCAUUUUCUGUGCUGCAGUACUUUAUAAUUAUCUUUUUUUCCCUCCUUGAUUUGGAAAAGGAAGAGUGGCAGUCAUUUUUUCAUUUCAUUGACGUGUUUGUGGUACAUUUUUAUACAACCAUAAAGUCAUAAAUUUCUUGUAUCCAAUUGUAUGUUAAUUUGUUUAUUGUUAAUACAUACAAUGCAAAUGACUGGCUAAAUGUGUAAAAUAAAAUUGGAGACUUGUA